AUGGGACAGACCUCUUCGACGCAACGAGAAACCCGCCGCAGAUCUCUUUCAGACUUCAGGAGGUUUUCUCAGAUAGGACGUGAUCGUGGCCCAAGGCAUGAAGAGAUGAACAACGGACAGAUACCGGAGCAGUCCGAGUCCAGCUUCCCUUCGGGAACAGGCUCCAACGGCCAUGAGGGCCCGUCAUUCCACGGGGACCCCGCACCACAGCAUUCUUCCUCUCCUUCAGGUAACGACCUGGCAGCUUGGGAACAGAUGAGAAGUAUACCAGAGAACGACUCUCAGAAUGCGCGCAACGAGCAGCAGGCGUAUCGAUCUGCCACCCUUGCUCGCAUGGCUGCAAGAAGACAAUCCACCAUGUCCCGGUUAGGGUCAAGAAUUUUGCCCAAUUCGGUCAUUCGAGGCUUGCUCAAUAGCGAAGAAGAAACACCUGCAGAAGGCCAAGCCCAUCGACAUGGUAUCGUGUCGAGGACGCUACCCCGCUCCGAGACCGCCCAUGGCAGCAGCCGAUUUAGCCCUUUCAGCUCGCUUGGGUCAAGAGGCAUAGCCAGACGACGCUCACUUCGCACCCCCCCGUACUUUAUCCCACAUCCGGAUGCAUCUCUCAAUUCGGAUGCGCUUCCUAAUCCUUCCUACCUCCAUACGUCCGAGCGUUCCGCUGAAUCUAGUCAUGGUGUUUCUUGGAGGCGAAGUGCGCGGUUACACCGUGUUCGGAACUCUUUGUCAAACCCGAUCUCUCAGAUAUUUGGCCAGCCACCCUCGACCAUCACGGAGCCAGAUGCAGGAACAUCCCGGCACCAAGCCGUUAACAUAUCCAAUAACGACAGCCCCAACAUUCUUCUUCCUCUGCCGCGGGCAAUGGAUACACGGUUGGAUUUCAGUGAACCCCCUCACGAACUGGACUCGGUAGAGCCUGCCAUUCCAAAUACGCGGUCUAUAUCCCCCGUUCCCUCGGGACAGUCCAGUCCUGGAAUGAUGGGCGUACGCCGGCUUCCGAGCCUCUUGAGGGCCCGGUCAUCGCGGGCGGCACGGCGCGAAGAGCAUACCCCCUUGUCUCGCGUCUUGCAGCUGGCAGCAGCAGCCAUCGCAGCACAGCUGUCCGGUGUGAAUGGGCCAGUUUUGCCCAACAUCCAAUCCCUGGGAAACGAUGGCCUCGAUGGUUCCUUGGAGAAUUUCAUUCAAAGCUUGCAACACGCUACGUCGGCCCAGGCUAAUGCUGCGCCACCUGGCGACUCCGCGAACCCUCAAGGUGAUGGGCCUGCACCUCCCGUAAACUUUCUCAGGGUCUUUCGGUUUUCUAAUUCAGACACUUUUGGUGGUGGUGCUCCGCCUGCGCCAGGUCGACAGUCAGCGGGCACCAAUGAGACUAGCAGGCAAUCCGAUCAGAUGGAAGUUGACGACGCUCAACAAGGUGGCUCUGAAGGGCGCACAGUGACCCUGGUCGUGGUCGGGGUGAGAUCUGUUCCUGCAAGCAAUGCUGCGGGCAGUGAGCCGCCAGCCAAUGCUGGAACCGGGUUGGAUGCCUUGCUUGGCCUUCCAUUCUCGAAUCCAGCGACUAGACCGAGAAACCCCGCUGACGGUAAUAUUGCGUUACCUCGGAUGGACGGACGUCCAAGGUUUGCACCCAGUCGUCCUUCGGCGGGAGGUAACGGCGUGCUUGCUGGAGGGGGACCGGACUCUUCCCAUCGGGCUCAGGGACAUGUUCCACCUCUUUCUUCCCGCAGGCUGUCAGAUGCAGGGUCCCAAGGUGGUCUGCCAUCGUCUCUUCCAACAGCGAUGUCAGAGUCGCCUCCGGGGCCCCACCCUCCCCCGUCGACCCCUGCAGAACCGGGGAUCUCAGCGGUAUCCUCGGGGACCUCAACGCCAAGCCGACGGCCAUCAUCGGCUUCUGCCUUCUCGCCCAACAUUCUUCCCGAACUUCUGGAAGACGAGUCAACCCAGCCUCGAGACGAACUAGCCGAAGACCAGAUGACCCCGAGUAUCAAUCACCAGCGACGCCGCAGUGAUUCAGAAUACGCUCGUCAUCGCGAUCUUGGGUCAGGGUCUGUCAGACGCAAUGGUCUUGUUGAACCUGAUAACGCUACCCCGACUGCUGGCCGAAGCUGGUUGAUAUACGUGGUUGGCACCAAUCUUUCAGAGAAUCAUCCAGCCUUUGCCACCCCUAGCCUCUUCACCGAUAACCCCACCUAUGAGGACAUGAUUCUGCUCUCGUCAUUACUGGGUCCGGCCAAGCCUCCGGUUGCUUCUCAGGCAGAUGUCAGCUCAGCUGGCGGUCUGUUCCGUCUUGUUGAAUAUGCGGGCUCUUUGGUUGCGGAACCUAUUGACGGCGUGGGCGGGUUCCAGGUUCCUGACGGAGAUCGGUGCUUGAUCUGUCUCAGCGACUAUGAAGCAGCCGAGGAACUCCGACAACUGACGAGGUGCCAACACAUCUAUCACAAGGAUUGUAUUGACCAGUGGUUAACUACCGGCCGCAACUCUUGUCCUCUCUGUCGAGGCCAAGGCGUAACUGAAUCCUCUACUUCGAACCCAGUGCAGGACACUGCCGUCUGA